GCAGGGGAGAAGAGUGCAAACCCAGUGUGCAAACUAGUGCAAACAGUGCGAAGACAAAAUCAGUGCAAGGCAAAGACAUAAUUAGUGCAAGAACACAAAAUACAAACAAUAAAUAUGAAGUUUUGUACUGACUUUCACUGUUUACCUGCCACCAUCAGUUAUCUUUACAUUGGGGCAUAAUACACAACUGAAUUUUGAAUUAUACUACUUUGUUUUAAACUUUAUUGGUGUGUGUUUCACAGAUUCAGGUUGUGUCAUUACGCCAGUUCUAUAUUUGCACAGUAUAGGCCAAUUCAACAUAUUAAAAAAAGGUAGAAAAAAUUAAGUGGGGAUGAUGAAAUUUAUGGCUACAAAAUGAGUUCAUUAUUUUUAAUUCUGUAACUUUUAUUUCUGUGUCUGGAUUGUAUUUAGUUAUGAAGUCCUGUGUUGAUUAAAAAGGCUUACAUUUACAAUGCUCAAAAUUAUAAUUAUAUGCCAAUAUGUUGCAUGAGACUUUGUGACCUACAUUUACGAAAAAGAAACAUAUAUUUUUGCACAAGUCCCGGUCAGACCAUUACGCAAGUCAACUGGCACACAACCUUUGAGAGUAUACAAAAAAAAAAAAUGCACAGACAAAUCCAAAUUAAAACAUGGGGCAUGAGGCGAUACAUUGAUGUCCUAAGACACAAAAUGUUCGGUUUGUGCAAGAAACAAUAUAUGAUUCAAGUAUAUAUGAUGCACCACAAUAUAUGAUUGUCCUGAGCUCAUUCCCAACAUCCGGCAUGUGAGCGUAACAUGCCAGGACAUUGUGGUGUAAGCAGAUAAACGUAUUAAUUUAGUCAAUUUAUUGCAUAUAUACUUCCUGUUCUGUUGAUUACCUUCCCAGUUUAUUUAAGCCUUUAGGGCGCUCAGGUCUGCGUUAUGGUCUCAUUUGUUUUACUGCGAAGUGGUAUGGAGUUAUUUCCUGUUGCGUCUGCAGCGUGAUUUCAUAGAUUUUGUUAAUAGGUAUUAUUGUGAAUUUUAUUAUUUUAGAUGUAUUUAUUUAUUUUGUCCUGCUUCAUUACAGCCACACAUGCAUGACAAUGAAUAAUGCAAUUGAUUUAAAUCAUUUUUAAGAAAUCUUUACACUUAAUUUGUAGCACCAACACGAUUCAUUUUAUUUCCAUAGUAAUGGCAUAUCUGUUUGCAGUGAAAGAUUUAAUGCUGUACUAAUGGUGUUGACAGGUUUGUAAUGAUUAAGCAAAUGCACAUUCAAAACACUGGGAAGCAUUUAACUUAUUAUACACACACCUGUAAUACCAUUUAUUCCCUCACAACUAAAGCUUGUUGCUUUUCAAGGUCAAGUGAUUUCUGACUUUAUUGAGGUAAGACGCAGAUUUUAAUCUCUUUACAGAUAAACUGCUGAAUUAUGAUGGCACUGGAAUUAGUCAAACUUCAGUCGAGUCCAUUUAGUGUCUUUCAAUCUUGAAUGCUAGCUAAAACUGUUGUAGAUUAUAUGUCAAUGCAGUGCAGUUUACUGAACAUACUUAUUAUUAUUAUAAUAAUCUAAUGAUUGUUAUAGAAUGUGUGCUAUAACAGAUUUUUUCUUCUCUAUUCAGCUCAGGAAAUUCGUGCUAAAAUGCUGACAGGGACAUCCACUCAGAAUUUUUCAUACUUUUUAAAUGUCACCACGGACUAUUUUUGCUCUAAACAUUCUGCAGCUCCUCUGUUCUGGGCGGGUUUCUCUUUCGUUUGUAUACUCUUGGGUUUCCCAGCCACUGUCAAGGUACUUCUGGAACUUUCUCGAAGACAUCGUCAAAACAUCUCCAAUGACUUUUUUGUGUUUAACCUGACCUUCAUUGAUCUCGCUUACCUAAGCAUCCUUCCAUUCAGUGUCUUUAAUUACAUUGUUUGGCACAACAUCCAAUUCGAAUGGCUUUGUAAUUUCAUGUAUUCUCUAACUGUAUCAGGCAGACCUCUCUUCAUGGCUUGUGUCUGUGGAGAUUAUUAUUUUGCUGUGGUUCAUCCAAUUAUCUACAUGACCAACAAGAGAAGUGCCAUGAUUAGGAAAAUCAUCUCUGUUAUAGUCUGGUUGUUUAUAAUCAUUUUUGGAUCACUUGUAGCAUCAAAUACUAUAUAUUUCACUAUUUUAGGGUGUACACCUAUGUUUAUUUCCCUGCCUGUCAUUGGUUUUUGUGAUGUUUCAGUUUUUCGAGCUCUGAGGAAAACCAGUCCCUCUGGGAAAAGUAAUUUACAUCCUCAGAAGAAGAGAGCCCUGCGAACCAUCAUAAACAGUUUUAUCAUGACGUUCAUUGUUUACUUGCCACCAUCAAUUAUCUUUUCACUUGGACACACUAAUAACUUAAUUUAUGAAGUACAGUACUGCAUUUUACUCUUUGUAGCAGUGUGUUUUACUAUUUCAGGCUGUGUCAUAAUGCCAGUUCUAUAUCUGGGGAGUACAGGCCAGCACAGUCUAAGAAAAAUUCUUAAAUAGAAACUUAUUUAAGAAACAUAUUUAUUCAUGACUCCUUCAAAUAAGCCAAUAACAGACUUUUUCAUUCUAGUGGGAAAUCCUAGGGUUGUAAAUGGACAUGUAAAUUGCAAAAUGUUUACCCUUACCUUCUAUUUAUAUAUCAGAGAUCUAUUCAAAAUAUUGUAUCAAUGCAUUCUAUGGCACGUUUAAAAGUAUGUGAUUAUCAUCUAAUAACAAAAGAAAAGCAUUUAUGUAUUGUUAAAAGUAAGCAUUUUUAUUUAAUAUAUAACUAUAUUUCUUCCUUUGAUGUGUGAUUAGUUAUGGUUUUAAAUAUGUGAAACAUAGUAAUUUUGGUUUUCAUUAUAUAUUAAUAUUGUACCAUAUAUAUUAAUGUAUGAUAUUUUAUUUUUUAAGGCAACUUGGUAUUUAAGUGGAAUCCUUGGUGAAAUUGUGAGUUGUACUUUUAGUUUUAUUUUCGAUGUUGUUUGUCAAUUUAUUUAUUUAGCUAUAUACAUUUUAAUAAAAUGGGUUUUGAAAUUCUCUCUCUCUCUCGGGUGUGAUCUGUUUUUUGGUGCAAAUGAUUUAUAUAUUUUGUGACAACCACAUUACUCAUACAGUGAAGCUUUAAUAAAGCAUAUGUUAUAGAAUUAUAUGACUUAUUUAUCAAAACAAACAUGUCUUAACCCCAAGGAAUGGGUGUUAGCAUUAAAAAUUAGUUUGUAAUUACAUCUAAUAUUCAGACUCUACUACAGUUUUAUUUUUGUAGCAUGAAAAGAAUAACAAAUCAUAAUACAUUUCCUCUGAAACGUAUGCAAUUACAAUAUAUAAAUCAUUACAUCGUGUAAAUUAUUGUUAUAAUUUCUUUUUCAGUUCUGUUCUAUAUGCACUAGGUAACUAGACAUGUGCUGGUAUUUGGUAAUGCAAUAUAUCACAAUAAUGAUUGUGCAAGGUAUUGUUAUCACAGGCACUUAAAAAUAUAGAAAAUAAUUAUUUAUUACAUUUUUAAUGCAUUUUAAGAACACUUUUCCCAUUUACUGGUUAAAUGCACAACACCGGUGUAAGCUGCACUGAAGACACAUUUGCAAACUGAUGUAAACAAGCACGGAUGAGAAGCGUAUAUUCACUCUCUGACAGCAGAGGACGCUGAAGAGAGGCCCGUUACCCCAGAAACGAGAUAUACAGACGUGGACAAAAUUGUUGGUACCCUUUGGUCAAUGAAAGAAAAAGUCACAAUGGUCACAGAAAUAACUG